GUGGUCACGUGAUUCGUGCGUCGUUGCCUCGUUUCUUCGUCGGGCUGAUCGUGCGGGAGGUAGUAAGAGGGAAGUGAAUAAUAAUUUAAAAAAAUAAUAAUAAGAGUGAUCAUCUUUGCGAGUGACCAUGGUGUUGAAUCCAGUCAUAUCCAAGUUGGCUGGGAAACUCGUGGUCCUGGCCAGCGCCUCCCCCAGGAGACGGGAGAUCCUCACCAACGUGGGUCUCCGGUUCGAGGUUGUGCCGUCAUGGUUUAAGGAGACCCUGGACAAGUCUUUGUUCGGCAGCCCGCAAGAUUACGCCGUGGAGACAGCGAAGCAGAAGGCGCUGGAAGUAGCAAAGCGAAUGCCUUUUAAGCACCUGAAGACUCCUGAUAUUGUGAUCGGAGCAGACACUGUGGUGACAGUUGAUGGCCUGAUCCUUGAGAAGCCAGUGGACAAGCAGGACGCAUAUAGAAUGCUUUCCAGGCUGAAUGGUAAAGAACACAGUGUUUUUACGGGUGUGGCGAUUAUACUGUGUCACGAGAAGGAAGGUAAGAACAUUGAGUACAACGCAGUUGACUUCUAUGAGGAGACCAGGGUGAAAUUUGCAGACUUGUCCGAGGAGAUGCUCUGGGAAUACAUACAUAGCGGGGAACCCAUGGACAAGGCCGGGGGCUACGGCAUCCAGGCCCUGGGGGGUAUGCUGGUGGAGUACGUGCACGGAGACUUCCUCAACGUGGUUGGCUUCCCUCUCAACCACUUCUGCAAGCAGCUGAACAAGAUCUUCAACGGCAGCGCGGGGACCCUGGCGGUGCCCGUCGACCGCACCAGUCGGACCGCAGAUGGGGGGCCGGACAGACCGUCACGGCGCGAGGGGACCACUGAGGCGGCCCAAGCGAGCGGCCGCGCCGAACGCACCCAGAUCGCAGCCGAGCCGGAGCGCAGGGCAGGGGGCAGCACCGCGUUCCCUCACAGGAUCGCACAUCUGCUGGACGGAUUCAAGGCCUCAAAGGCCCUGUUUGCCGCUUCUGCGCUGAAGGUGUUCGACUUGCUGGAUGCUGGGCACGGUCUGACGGCGGUGCAGGUAGCAGAGAAGAUCGCUGCCUCCGUGGUGGGAGUUGAGCGCCUCUUGGAUGCUGCCGUCUCCCUGGGACUCCUAGAGAAGGUACAGCGGGGGGAGGUAGCAGUGUACAGGAACACGGAGGAGGCGAGCCGAUACCUGAUUUCCACCAGCGACCUCUCCCUGCACGGAUACAUCGUCCACUCCAACGAUGUGCUGUGGCCCCUCUUCACCCACCUGGAGCACGGUGUGCGGGAGGGCAGCAGUCAGCAUGAAAGAGCCUUCGGGAAGCAACCCCAAGACCUGUUUCAGGAUGCAUACUACAGCAGCGAGGAAAGGAAACUACGCUUCCUGGAUGCCAUGCACAGCAUCAGUAAGGUGACAGCGGGAGACGUGGCGACGGCGUUUGAUCUCUCCGGCUUUAGAACCGCCUGUGAUGUAGGAGGAUGCACUGGAGCCAUGGCCUACGAGUUUGCCAAAGCAUAUCCAGGAAUGUCAAUAACGGUCUUUGACCUGCCUGCUGUCAUUGAGUUGAACCAUCACUUCCAACCCCAUGACCAAGACUGCAGUAGAGUUACUUUUGUAGCAGGAGAUUUCUUCAAAGAUGACCUUCCUAAAGCGGAUCUCUAUAUUUUGGCAAGAAUUCUGCAUGACUGGUCCGAUGACAAAGUACACAUCUUGCUACGUAAACUGUCAGAGGCGUGUUCACCAGGCGGUGCGGUGCUGGUGUCUGAGAUCCUCCUGGAAGAAGGAAGAAGAGGACCGCGGAGAGCUCUCCUGCAGGCCCUCAGUAUGACUCCGGGCUCCCAGAGGAGCGGGUCCGAGUACUGCCUCCUACUGAAGGCUCACGGCUUCAGUCAAGUGCACGUCCGGCACACGGGCAACUUCCUGGACGCGGUCCUCGGGGUCAGACUCUGACCGCAACACGCUGGCGUUGAUGUCGAACCCUGGAUGUUUGGUUCCUGACACUGAGAGCGAAGGGCGAUUCUUCCGGAUCGCAUCGACAAACACGAUAUUGGGUCACUGAAUUCCAUUCCAUUUCUUGUAAAGCAUCACUUUUGAAAAUAAACUCAGAUUUUAGGACAGCUCUGCUUGUGCUGUUCUUCUCAACCAGGCGUGUGUUCUGUUCCUUGUGAGCCUUUGGCAUCUGAAC